UUCAUUGAGGAAAAAAAGAGGAUUUUUUUUUGCAAUUUUCAGUUUUUCUACGAUCUAAUUUUGUGGGAUUAGUGAAUAUGUCUAUGAUACGAUCACUUGCUUCUCACAACCUUCACAAACUCCGUCACAUCCUUCGCUACGGAUCGAAUGACUACGUCCCAAUCUCAUGUCGACUCUCGGAGAUGUCCCUUACCGGCCAUGCAGAUAGCUUCUCGACGAAUCAACGGCCGCAGUCAUCAGAUUCCGAACAAGGAACAAGUAGUAAACGCUCCCAAAAGAAGGAAAACAGAUUCCAACCACCAGCUUCGCUUCGACAAAAACCUGUUUUCCGUACUUGGACAAGAUGGGCGUUUGGGUCCAUAUUAUUUCUAAUUCUCCCGUUUUGGAAGAGGGAAUGGGUGAAAUUUCUAGCAAUAGAAGAUGAGGUAGAAAAGGUUGCAGAAGUGGUGGAGACGGCAGCAGAAGUGGUGGAAGAGGUUGCCAGCGUAGCAGAGACAGUAUUGUCGGAGGUGGCCAAUCGGCUUCCCGAUGACAGCAAGCUCAAGGAUGCAGUCUUGAUGGUCGAGCGCGUAUCUAAAACAACAGCAAAGGACGCACAACUAACAAUAGAUUUCAUCCACAAGGUAGAUGAAUUAAAGCAAGAAGUGGAGGCGCUGGCGGAACCUGUUAUCGACAGACAUAAGCAUGUGGCAAAUGAAAUUAGAAAAAAAGGCUAAGCUUGUUGGAUGGUAGACCCAAUAUCACUGUACCCUUCAUGCAUGUGUAAAUAGACCACUUAACCAUUGAUUUUUUGGUUAUUUAUUUAUUUAUUUAAGAGAAAUGUUCACAUCCA